AUGCCUCUCCAGCAGAUUUCCGCGUUGAGUGAUGACGAGCCCAUGGUUGGCAAGCCUGUGGUCAAGGGUUCCAACUCCAAAGGCCAGAAGUUCCCCAAGUUUGGCUGGAAGGACCCUAGCUCGGGAAAGGUCCACUCGUUCAAACCGAUGUGCUUGCCACGAGCGGUGCCUGAGAAGGUUCGCUUAGUUCCAAAGCGUGUCUCGAAGAAGGCGACUUUGAAGACCAAGAAAAUCGUGGGCAAGACAGUGCGCAUGAAGACUUGGGGCACCAUUAGGUGUUUCGGAGCAACAUACCGAGCCAACACCUCAUACUUGUCUGUGAGGGGGCGACAGGAUUUUGGGACACAGGUGUUCUAUUGGGACAAGUACAGAGCGGAGCUGAAGAAAAGUGUUCCUAAGGAAUUGCGCAACAAGAAGAAAUUUGUUCCCCCUCGGGUGGCAGAAUAUUUUGCAGGCGUCCCACACAAGUGGACCAGCCUGACCGAGCACGUGAGCAAGACGGCUUUUGAACAGUUGUUUGGACCGUUGCAGGGAAAACAGCUGGAGGUCAUAUCAGUUUUUUCCGGCGUAGCCGGCCUCGAACUGGGGCUCCGACAGUUUUGCAAAGCCUGCGUUUAUGUAGAGCGAGAUGAAUUUUGCCAGCAAGUCCUUCGCAAGCGAAUGGCUGAAGGGUGGAUUCCUCGCGCAGAGAGAUCCACCCAGACAUUGUUCAGUAUAACCCUAGCUCUGCCGUGA